AUGGAAGUGUUCAACAUGACUUGGAUCAAUGAGAUGAAGCAGCAUGAGAAUCAGGUUUUCACGGUGGACAUGAGCUUUCCAGAUCCUUUUGUGACUGAAGUUUUCACCGACACGGAACCCAUUGCUGCUGCAGCUCGUCGUAUGGGCCUCAAUGCUGGUCACAGCCUGACGUUGAAGACGGGUUGGGAUUUUUUGGAACCCAAUCGCCGAAAAGCUGCGUUGAAUCUCAUUGAUUUCCACAAGCCUGAAGUUGUGAUUUUUAGCUUUUCCUUGUGGCCCUUGGUCACCCUUGCACCGUUUGAACCCUCCAGCGGAUUUGCAAGAGAGAAGGGAAGCGGCGAAACAGUUGCAACCUUGCAGUUGAAGGCCGGUCGACAUUUCAUGAUAGAGAAUCCACAACCUUCCGCAGCUUGGCAGUUGGAGGAGCUGAAGAAGUUUGAAGCUCGCCCAGAUGUCUUGUCAGUUAUCGUGGAUAUGUGUGCCUUCAAUUUGCGAUCUGAAAAUGGUGGCCUUCACCGCAAACGAACAAAACUGCUUUCUUCCAGUCAAGCCUUGAUUUCAAAUAUGAUAGGCCGACGUUGUGAUGGCAGACACCAGCAUGACCCAGUCAUUGGCGGUUCCAAAAUCACCGAAGCAGCUGGACAUUACAGCCGCGAGUUUUCUGAAGCUGUGGUGAAGUCUUUCAUGGAACAGUUUGACUUUGAGACCUUAGCAAUGUUUCAAGAAACCGAUGGUGAAGCACUGCAUGAGGUUAAUGCCGCUGGCUUGCAGGAUGAGGUGGCAGAUGGCUCGGAGUUGCAAAUCGAGUCAGAUGGAUCGUUUGAACUGGCCAAUGAUGAUGAAAGUUUGGUGGUGACCCCUGCUGUGAAAGCUGCAGUUUACAGACUGCACGUGAACACCGGCCAUCGUAGCUCAACUCGGUUGGCACGUGCGCUUCUUCUAUGUGGAGCCCCUAAAGAAGCUGUCUUGGCUGCUCGCCGCCUGAAGUGUGCAGUUUGCCAGGAAAGACGCCAGCCGCGGGCUCGAUUGCCAGCAGGUCUUCCUCCACCUCGUGAAGUUGGACAGCAAAUCCACGUAGAUCUGGUGUUGGUCGAAGAUUCAUUGCGGCAAACCUAUGUGGUUGCACAUGCCACUGAUGCAGUUUCGAGAUUUCAGGCUGCUGCCGUGUUGAAGGACAAGUCCUCUGAGUCCUUCAUUGAGUUUUUGAACACCAGAUGGUUGCCGCUUUUGGGCACGCCUAUGACCAUCAUUGCGGACCAAGGAAGAGAAUUUAUCUCCUCUGUGUUUGCCGAUUGGUGCGACAGCAAAUCAAUCCAUCUGCAUCACAUUGCAGUUGGCGCACCCUGGCAGAAUGGGAUCGCAGAGCGCAGUGGUGGCACUUUGAAGGCUGUUUUGGGCUCUAUCACACAUACCCACUUCAUUUCAACCUUGAGUGGUAUGGAUCAGGCAGUGUCAGAAGCAGUUUCAGCUUACAAUGAUGAUGUGCAUGACAACGGCACUGCGCCGAUUCAGUGUGUGACAGGUCGCAUUCCACCGGCUUAUGGGGACGUGCUGAACAAUUUCUCGCAAAGACUUGCUGAGCACUCGCUCAUAUCUGCAGAACCUUCACUGGCGAAGCAGGUGGCACUUCGAGAAACGGCCAGAUUGGCCAUGGUUCGACUCCAUUACAGUCGAAGCCUCCGCACAGCAGAGCUUGCGAGAUCCAGAUCUUCUACGCAGGAUCGAGUGCCUACGCCGGGUGAUCUGGUUUUCUUCUGGCGAGCCCAGAAGUAUGCCGGUCGUGCAAGUGGUCCCGGUUCGAGACGCAAACUGGCGUUACGAAGAUGGCACGGCCCCGGACUUCUUGUUGCCAUGGAAGGUGAUGUGGCCGCCAAUUGCUUCAUUUCCUAUCGUGGGCAACUGACCAAAUGCCCAUUGGAGCAUGUUCGAGCAGCCUCUUCGCUCGAAAGCAUUGCGGCAGGAUCUUGGCAGGCAGCCAUUGAUGAGGUGAUUGAUGCUGCAAAGCAUGAUGCUGGGCGAGAUCAAGGAGGUCAGACUGCUACGUUGGAAGAUCCAGAACCUUUGCCAAUUCCAGUUCCUGGUGGCUCAACGCCUGCGAGUUUGUCACCGCAGGAAAUUGUGGCAGCCCUGCAACCUCCGCCUGAGCCCUCAGGGAGCAUUGGUCCUACGCCGAGAUCUUCCAUUGCUUCAGGUGUUUCAGCCCCAGCAAGCUCUGCAGCUCCAGGAACGCCUAUUCCGGACUUGAUUUUGCAAGCCUCACAAGUUCCGGUGCCUGGCUCACCCUCUGGUCAAUCUGAACCGAGUUCUUUGCGGCAGACUUUGCAACGUGCAAGGAGUUUGGAUGACUUGCAACGUGGAAUCAAGCGUCCUUCAGAGCUUGACCCUUUGGAUUUGGAUGUGCAGCCGCCAACCAAGUCUUCUGCAGUGGCUUCAAGUUCUUUGGAAUCGCAGCCUGCGUUUGAGGCUCUGGUUUUGACCAAUGAGGAGCUUGAGAAGUUGUCAUCGCAGCAAGAUCGCUUACACCCCUUGCUGCAACUUCAAAUUGAUGUUGAAAAGGAUCGCAGAGACCCUUGGUCAUGCCUUGAAGAUGAUCAUGGCACUUGGGAUGGAAGAUGGUCCUACAUGUGCGAACGUGAUUGGCAGACCAUGCAGAAGUUGGGUCAGAAGUUUCCCAACGGCGAGUCUUUGUUUGAUGACUUUGAAGUCAACCUUGCUCAGACUGCUCGCAAAGAAUACCAGUGGAGCAAGAUGACUCCGGAAGAGAAAGCUUUAUGGGGUGAAGCUGCUGUGAAGGGUUGGAACGCCUAUAUCGACAACAAUGCCAUUGAGAUCCUGUCCAUGGAGGAAAGCCGGCGAGUUUACAAUGAGCUGGCCAAACAACAAGAGCUGGACAGAAUCCUGGUUCCAAGGUUUGUCUGCACGGACAAGAACGAUGGUUUGAGAUCAGCCUCGCAUCCGUUGCCCGUGAAACCUUCUGCCCGUAUGGUAGUACCUGGUUUCAAAGACAGAGCCAAUCUUGAAGGUCAGCUGAGAAGAGAUGCGCCAACAGGUUCGAGAUAUGCUCAGCAUCUCCUUUUCAUUAUUGCUGCAUUUCAUGAAACUUGGGCUUUGAUUUCUGCAGAUGUGAAGGCUGCCUUUCUCAAAGGGGACCCAUAUGUUUCCCGAUUGCUUUGGAUUGCCGCGACCAAUGCCAAGACAAGCCCGCCGAUUCCUUUGCAAAAGGGCCAGUUGGCCAAGAUCGUCAAGGGCGUGUUUGGUUUGGCCGAUGCCCCACGCCAAUGGUGGUUGCGACUGGCAAGAGCUAUGUCCGAACAUUCAUGGGAGAUGAGCUGCAUUGAUGGGGCGCUAUGGUUUCUCUGGGGAAAAGAUGCCAAUGCCGAUGGCACUAGAACUUUGCAAGGGGUGAUCGUCAGUCAUGUGGACGAUUUGCUGUUUGCAGGAUCCCCUAUAGCCGAACAAUCUCUCAUGGCCAUUGGGGCAGAGCUUGGUUUUGGCUCGAUUGAGCGAGAUGAUUUUGUUUGGUGCGGCAAGCGCAUUCGCAGGGCACCAGAUGGCACAGUUCGUGUCUCUAUGGUGGAAUACCAUGAAAAUGUGGUCGAGAUUGUGAUCGACCGACAUCGCAAACGAGAUGUCACAGCUGCGCUGAACCCGUCAGAAGCCAAGAAGCUCAGAGCUGUCAUUGGAAGUUUGCAAUGGCUAGUUGCACAAUGUCGCUUUGACAUGGGCUUCAGUGUAAGUGCGAUUCAGGGAGAAGUUCCACCAACUAUCUCUACACUGAUCCGUGCCAACUCCUUGGUUCGUGAGUUCAAGCGCCACAGCAAUUUCGAAUUGGUGUUCAGACCUGUGGAUUAUCGCAAAGCUGGAAUCGUUGUGGUUUCAGAUGCAGCCUUGGGCAAUGUGACUCGAGAAGGCAGCAAUGUGGGCGAAGUGGUUGAGAAGACCUACAGCCAAGCUUGCUAUUUUGUUUUGGUGGCUCAGCCUGAACUCCUCCAAGGAGAUGAAGGGGUGUUCAACAUUUUGGACGCUCGGUCCCACCGAAUCCCUCGAGUCUGCAGGUCGACAUAUGCUGCAGAGACACUUGCAGCUGAGGAGAGCUUGGAUUGUGGACAACUGGCUCGUGGCCUGCUAGCCCUAGCUCAAGGUCGCCAAUUGAGUGGUCGCAAAGCCAACCUUCUCAUGAACAGUGUUCCAUUGACUGCAGUGGUGGAUGCCAAAGAUGUUUACGACAAAUCAAAUUCCGACACUCCAAGUUUUGGCAGCCAGAAGUCGAUGGCUUUCAGCAUUGCGUGGAUGCGCUCCAUUCUGCGCCUCCCAAACAGCUGCUUGAAAUGGACAUCCACGGAGAACAUGUGGGUGGAUGGUGGCACAAAGGAGAUGGACUUGACGCACAUGCGUGCUAUCAUGUCCCUGGGAAAGUGGUCUAUAUCCUACAGCCCAGAGUUUGUCAAGCAGGUAAGCAAGGCCAAAACACUCAAGCCUUCGGUGCAGUCAGCAUGCGUUGACCUUCCUGGAGUAAGAGUUGAGGAUGGCGAGCCCUUGUUGGCAUUUCUUUGGGGCCUGGCGGAGAAACGAGGCUGGCACUUGCGGAAUGGGAUAGGCAUUCAAGUUGCCUUCAACGCCAAGUCCUUCCGGACACCUGAACCAAGAUUUUCCGCGUCCCAGAAGCCACUCAGAAGCAGCUAUGCACGUUUCAAUCUGGACGACGCACGAUAUGAAUGGCGCCGUUUAGAGAGGGCCGUUAGGUACAGUGAGUUGCCGAAUCAGCAUGCGCUGAUCGAUGUGGCAGCACCAGUGUUAAUUAGCAUGUUUCAUGCUGAGGCCAAUGCUGAGUCAUCCAUUUCCGAUCAACAAAAGAAUGAGACCAAUGUGAAAUGCACCAUUGAUCAUGGAUGA